AUGUUCUCACAAAUUUCGGACUCGUCAGGCUUUUUGGAAUACGAUCGAUUUACGGAUUUCAUGCAGCAGGUGUUAGCAUUGACGACUGCCGUUUUUGAAGCACCGACAUUUGGAUUUUCCGAAGCUGCUGUCUCACAAUGCUUUGUAAAGAUCCAUGUCCUCCUUGUGUCAUGUGGUUUUACCGUUACUGCAUCGGAUGGCCUCGGUCGAGCACGGUCUACCAUCCCGUUGUUUGUGAUGCUUGCCAGAUCCGAUCAUUUACCGGUUUUCGGUACAAAUGUCAGCGGUGCUCAAAUUAUCAACUUUGCCAAAAUUGCUUUUGGCGAGGCCGAACGAGUCAAAAUCACUCUAAUGAACACGAAAUGA